UCCCUCCGGAUUCGGACUAAGGGCCGCCGUUUAAUUAGGGAGUUUCGUACGCGGACGAGCCACUGCCACGAGCAGAAGUCGGUUACGCAUCAGAAGGUUUUCUCUGCCAUCCCGGUGUUCCCCACCGCAGGCAUUGUUAAGGAAGUGUCGACGCGCAUCAGGUGCGCCUUCAGUUCUGGCGAUCGUUGUCGGGCACUCAAACUAAACCAGUGGACGCACUGGAGCGUAUCUGCGUAUUAUUUUGUGGUCACCGAACACACACACACAGGGGUCCUUUGUCGGGUGUGGUUCAUCAGUGAAAGUCCAGAAAUACGCGAGUGUUCCACAAACGUAGAACAAGAAGAACCGUUCGCAGUGUCGACGAUUGUACGAUCACUGGAUCGAUACUAGAGUCCAGAUACCAGAGUGUUCGAGUGUCGUGCUCACCUCGAAAACCUUCAGGAAAUGAGCGCUAAUAGCGACCCCAAUUGCAGCGAUCUAUAGAGCGGAGUGAGAUUAGGAAGCUAAGCUAACAUCCAAGACUAGCGGAGCAGGAGAGGGAAACACAGCAGCACCUCGUGCUGUACGAGUGUGAGGUGUGUCAGUUUGUGAGCAGUGGAAUUGACAACGAGAUAGCUCCGAACCGGAGCCCAACAGCGACAGCAUGGACGAUUCCGGUUCGUCCAGCCAGCAACACCAUCAGAACGAUGGGUACGCGUUCAAGAACGAAAUUUCGCUCUCGAUCGGUGAUGAGGAACAACAGACCAACGGGCCACCGUCACGCACGGCCAACAACAGCAACAGCAACCACAGUAGCAACGGUGUGGCCGCACCGACACCAUCGCCCCGACAUGUCGAACUACCGAUGGGGGGGACUACGCCGGCGGAGGGCGAUACGAGCGAGUAUACGGCCCUGCGCCACGAACCAUCGGUCGUUGCCAACGGUGCAAGCAGCAACGGUCUAGACAAUCCGGCAUUCGAGCCGGAAAAGGAGAAGCAACGGCCGCUCAGCUCGUUCGGGCACACCAACGAAAAGUCCCUCGGUGUAGUGUCCGUCAAUGGAAAGGCGGCCGGUGAGAAACCACUGGCCGAAGCCGUCAAUCUGGAGCUACUCAACAUGUCCUCCAAACCGCCGGCCGGCCUUCCAGCCACCAAUGGUCACAAGAACGGUACGAACAAUGGUGCGGCCGCGCUGCCCGUCAAAAAGGACACCGAAGUGGAUCUGGGCGAUCCGUACGACGAGUACUUCGUGCCGGUUAACGAGCACCGGAAGUUUAUGAGUGUCUCCUUCCAAAAGUCACGCCAUGGCCUAGGGCCGGGAGUUUACCCGGGACCACGAUACGUUGGUCGGGGCGUCGACUAUACUGGACACUCGGUGAACGAGCCGGCCGCCGGAACAAUGGACUAUAAACAGUGGACCAAGAUCACGAGAGGUGAGAAGCUGUACGUCACGAAAGACAAGCGCGAAAAGAAGCGGAAAAGCUGGCCCUUCUGGUUACUCGGUCUAGCGGUACUAGUGGCCGUGAUCGUGGUCGCCAUACUGGCCGGUUCCGGUGUCAUCUUCAACGAUUGUCCCACGCCGGUAGAAUCGCGUCAGUUUGGCGACGGCAAGGUGGCCGCUGCCGGUGUAUUUGGGGCUGGAAAAACGCGAUCUAACAAUGUAAGCAGCUCAGCAACAACGACUAGUACGACGACAUCCACGACAACAUCAACGACAACUGGCUCACCACCGGGAUCGAUACCGAUUGUAAAUCCAGUGCCCACCGAGGAAGUGACCGUUUAUGUGCCUAACACGCUCGAAGGGCAGAUCACGCUCGCCAACGUGGAGUUCCUGGACGAUUACCGUAAUCCCAACAGUUCGGCCUACCGUACGCUAGCGGGCGAGUUGGAGGAGGAACUCAUCGAUACUCUCAGCACGCCAGAUGGACGCGGUCCGAUCUACGUGAAGAUCUUGAACAUGAAACCUGGUUCGGUCGUCGUGGACUAUCGCGUCAGCUGGGAACCGAAGUCGAUGGAAAUGACCGAGGAAACGAUGAAGCACCGGUUGAACAACUUCCUGCUGCAGAACAACAACUACCUAUCGACAUACAUCGUGCCGACCAACACUAUUCGCGUGGCCCGGUUACCCGAUCUGUGCGUCAUGAGACAUUCGUCGAAAGACUGCGAAUAUGGCUGCAUGUUUGAUGCCAAACUUGGAGAUUUCAUGUGCACAUGCCCGAAGGGUAUGUUGUUGAAUGACGAAGAUGGCCGCACUUGCUACAGUCCAGUACCAGCGAUCAACGUAGAGGAACACAGUGUGGAACCAAAGAGUGAACCAGAACCAUCAAGUGAGCCAGAGCCUGCUAGUGAGCCAGAGCCUUCUAGUGAACCUGAACCUACUAGCGAACCGGAGCCUGCUAGCGAGCCAGAACCAUCAAGUGAGCCUGAGCCUGCUAGUGAACCGGAACCUGCUAGUGAGCCAGAACCUGCUAGUGAGCCAGAACCUGCUAGUGAACCGGAGCCUGCUAGUGAGCCAGAGCCAUCUAGUGAGCCAGAACCUGCUAGUGAGCCAGAACCUGCUAGUGAGCCAGAACCUGCUAGUGAGCCAGAACCAUCAAGUGAACCAGAGCCUACUAGUGAACCAGAGCCUGCUAGUGAACCGGAACCUGCUAGUGAGCCCGAACCAAAAAGCGAACCAGAGCCAGCCGUUGAACCGGAGCCUGCUAGUGAGCCCGAGCCAUCCAGUGAGCCAACGAGCGAACCGGAGCCUAGUAGUGAACCGGAACCUACAACUGAACCUGAACCAGCGUCCACAGCCUCCGAAACCCACUCGAAAGCAUCGCCAAGCGACCAUUCGGCACGUUUGGUGGUAUCAACUACCGAGGUAGAACCAAAGGCAGAACCCGAACCGACAUCGGAACCAGAACCCUCCAGCGAACCAGAACCGGCCAGUGAACCGGAACCAACCAGCGAACCGGAACCGGUUAGUGAGCCCGAACCGAAGAGCGAACCGGAGCCAUCUAGUGAACCGGAGCCCACGAGUGAACCGGAGCCUGCUAGUGAGCCAGAACCAUCGAGCGAACCCGAGCCCACGAGCGAACCGGAGCCAGUUACUACGGCCACGGCGGAAAAGACUUCAGAAUCUAGCAAACUUCUUGUAUCGACUACCGAACGCGAAGAAUCGACGACUCCAGCCAAGGUCAUCUCCUCUACUACCGACAACUCGCAUCUUCCCGAUUUUAUGUUCGUCGAUCAAGAGUCGAUGCUGAAGCACUCGAGCACCGCCGAACCAAGCUCGACACCGAACAGUGUGUUGGUGUCCAUAACAGAACAAUCAUCUAGCGAUACGCCAGCUCCCGUGACGGAAAUGAUCUUCGAUGACACACCCAUGCCCGAAACGUCGAAGCUGUUCGUCACACCCAAACCGACGACGACCACCCAACCGACAAAUGGCUUUGAAGGACGUUCCUUACCAUCGAACCGAUCAACGGAAAGCGAAGUAAGCAACACCGUCUACGCGACCUCCAGUCCGAUCUCACUAGAACAAUGGCGUUCGUCGACCAGCUUCUCCACGACGACGGAAUCGCUCAGCCCACUGCCGCUGUCCACCAUCGAAACGUCCAGCGUACGCAACAAUGGUGCCUCGUACGCAGUUACUGAGACGGUGCUGGAGGCCGAAACCGUGGCACCGAUUCUGGCGAACCACAACGAAUCACCAUUCCUGCCCGAAACCGAAAACAAUGCCAGCCUGGUGAAGAUCCUGCACGAGGGUCUCGAUCGUCCUGAGACGUACGAGAUUGAGCAGCAAUCACAGCCACAGUUCCUAGAAGUUGUGCCAUUGUCGAAGGAAAGCGAUCGUAAUGACUACAAGAAGCAGCUGAACACGCACGUCACGGAAACGAUCUACAUAACGACCACCAUCCGCAGCCCGGUACCGGUGACGGAAUCGCUGGAAGAGCUGCUUUCGGUGGCCAGCUCCAAGAACAUAGUGGAACAAACUACUCACUACAGUGGCAGCGAUGAAGAACAACCAACUAGUACCGAGCGUGAAGCUGAUGAACCGACAACCUUGGCCGAGCAGCAGGAGCAAGUGUCCGCAAUCGGGGUGAAUGAAACAACUCCAUUGCAAGAGGAUAGCUCUGAUGGUGUACAGUCGACUACGAUUAGAGAUGAACUGCGUACAACCACGCUAGAAGAGGAACCGGAGCAGACUACCUUCCUUCGAAUUGACCCGGUAACGUCCGAGAAAAUACAGAUCUCUUCACAAACAGAAACUUCCAGUAGUAGCAGCCCCAGCACCAGCACCAGCAGUAGCAGCACGACAACCACCACCAGUACUACACCGGAGUCUACGUCAUCCACUACCAGUACCACACCAGCACUAUCCUCCUCGGGGGUCCAGACCUCAACAGAGAUUCUCAAUCGGAUGACGGUGAUCGAGAAGGAUCUCAUCAGCCUGAAGGAUAACGAUCUUGCCGACAAUAAUGAUAUCUCCGAUAAUGAGCUGCUCGUGCUACCAUUGGAGCGUUCUAAGGAUCCUUCGACAACACGGGCAACGACGGAACGCAUAGAUUCCACGCUGGCGGCAAGCCAACCUGAACUGUUACAGUCACGCGAGAACGAUUCCGCCAUCUCGGCCUCCACACCCAGCAGCAGCGGCACCACCACCACUACGAGUACCGGUCAUUUUUUAGGCGAAACGACGUUUCAUUUGAUUAGAUCAGAACGAUCAAAUGGAACGUCGUUAAUCGGAAUUGGCCUUUCUGAGAACGACCCAACGACAACGACAACGACAACGACAACCACAGAAAAGACAACGACGACGACGACGACAGAAGGUAAUGUUGCCGAAGACGAAGACAGGCGUAACAUGGAAACACUGCUGGAACGAGCGGCGGCCGCCUCAAUGUUCACCAAGUGUGCCGUCGGUCAGUUCGAGUGCACCAACGGUACCUCGAUCAAGGACGGUAGCUCCUGCAUCCAGAAAUCCGAACGCUGUGACUCGGUGUCCCACUGUUCGGACAACUCGGACGAGCAGGACUGCGAACGGCUCGGCUGUCCAGGACACUUCCAGUGUCAGGAUGGUGUGUGUCUGGCUCGACUGCACGUGUGCGACGGUAUCGCGCACUGUCACGAUGGUUCGGACGAGCAGCAGUGUGACGAGUGGCAGUGUAACUUUGACGAAAUCUCCUGCAAUCCGGCCACCGGCAAGGGUCCCUGCCUUCCGGCACUCUGGAAGUGCGAUGGGCUGGAACAGUGCGCCAAUGGGUUCGAUGAGAGUAACUGUCCCGAUACGUGCACCAACGAUGAGUACUUCUGUGCCGGACAGCGCAAGUGCAUCCCGGAAGCCUGGCGCUGUGACGGUACGCCGGAUUGUAGCGAUGGCGAGGAUGAACGCUUGUGCGAUUGCUCGCUGGAUGAUAGCUUCAAAUGUAAUACCGGUGGCUGUGUGGCCGCUGCAUUCGUCUGUGAUGGCCAUCCGCAAUGUCCGGAUCAAUCGGAUGAGUGGAACUGCCAGCAGCUAGAUGCAGAUGAAGGAACGCUGCGCGUGAAACGCAACUCAACUGCUGCCCUGGCCGUAUGCGGCGAUGGUUGGAAUGGUAAGCUGGCCGAUUUGGUGUGCGGAGAGCUGGGUUAUGUUGGCGCCACCAAGAUCACGUUCACCAGCGUCAGUAAUCGAUCGGAAGGGUACAGCAUGUACCGAGUAACGGAAAAGGAUCGACUAGCGUUUGAGUUGAUCGAUUCAGUGCAGUGCCAGAAGGGGCUUCAGCUGCAAUGCGAAGAGUAUCAUUGUGGUCGCAAAGCCAUUGAAUCCACGCUGGAGCAACGUAUAGCCGGGGGUUCUGUUUCGGAUCAGAGCCAAUGGCCAAGUUUGGCGCUUGCCUUCAGCAACAAUGCGGCCAUCAAGUGUACGGCUAAUAUCGUAUCACCGCGCUGGGCACUCACUAGCUACACCUGCAUUAUGGGCAAAACGGAGUUCGUGAACAAUCGUAACGUUGGUGAGAUGAAGUGGAAGCUGUUUGCUGGAAAGUCCGUAUUUUCCUCUUCCCUGGAACAGUUAGCAACACCCCAUAUCGAUCCUACGCUACAGGUUGUGGACGUUAAACGCGUAGUACCCUAUCCUCAGUCCAAGUACAAGCAGUUCAUGUACACCGGUGAUGUGGUACUGCUGGAGCUUGACAGUCCCUUGAAAUUGAACGAGGUUGUUGGUAGUGUGUGUCUAACGGAGACAUCAUCUACCAUCGAUCCGGAGCGGCUGUGCGUUACCGCCGGAUGGGGCUCCGAUCUCGAGCAUACAGCUACAACGGAGCAGUACCUCAAGUAUCUACCGGUACCGAACGUGCCAACGGAUCGUUGUAACUCCUCCAUCCACUACAAUGGUGCACUUCCUGAAAACACCAUCUGUGCAGGAUAUCUGAACAGCAACAAGACGACUUGCUAUAACGAUGAAGGUGCACCACUGAUGUGCUACGUCGACGGUACCGGCCAGUGGCAGCUGGAAGGUGUGCUCAGUUACCAUGGCAACUGUGGUAAGCGACCGCACCCAGCCAUCUACAAUUCCAUUACCUCAACCAUUGCCACCUGGAUCCGCAAUACGGUCGGUAAUGGCCGUAUGUUCGAACAGACGAUACUGACAACGGUCUCCACUACUGAAACCUCGCUCGCCAGCUCCACUUCCUCGGUGCCGAUCGAUAACUCAACCUCGACGAGUUAUCCAACCACUGCACAACAACCGACGAUCGUGGAAACACGGACGGAAAGCACAGUAGCACCAUCUGCAACUACUGGGGAACCGACAGCGACAACGGUUCCAACGACGACGUCCACCGUUGCACGAUAGAAAAGUAGGCGAAGGCCAGCGCACCACGAGUAAGCCUUUUUGUAAAUAAUUAUUAUCCUACCAAUAUAAACGCACGGGGAAAACACUAGGAGCGCCUAUAGAUCUGUAAUAGGGGAGUGCAGAGACAGCCGGUUUGCGGGGUCAGAAUACUAACACUUCAUAGAUGUGUGCAUUGUGCGACCUCCACGGCCGUGGAAUCGAAGCUGAAAUACGAAAGCGAAAGGAAAGGGAGAGAAUCCUAGUCACAAAAGUCGUAUACAUUUUGUGCCAACUAAGCCAGCGAGCAAGAGAGCAAUCGGGCAAGCAGUAAACUGCUGCGAUGCACGAGAAUGGUUCAACCGAUCCGAGGAUCACAGGGUAACCGAUGGCAAUAGACCACUAGAUGAGCGUUAGCCAGCCAGCCAGCAAGAUGUACAGCAUUGGGAGCCUUUCCUUCACUAAUUCAAUGUUCUACUCAAGUAGCCCAAGCCCAUACAAAGAGUACCGUUUGUAUUUGAAGUUAGAAAAAAGAAAAUGGCGGAUAAAAUGUGGAAACUCAUCACGUAGACGACUGAAGGGAGAGCAAUAAAUCUAGUGAGAGGGCGAGGAUGUCGACCCGAACAGCACGAUGGCUUGUUCGCCGGCUCACAACAACAAUUGGCAACAUGGGGUUUUUUUUAGUGAUUUUUAUAUCGAGUGUGCUUCUACUCAAUUGUCAUCCAAUUUACUUUGUAUAGCGCGUGACACUACUGUAGGGAUGGAUGGUUGAUGGCACACGGAUGGUUUGAUGCCGUAUAGAUAGAAUAGAACUCAUCAGCGCGCACGACGGUAUUCCCACUCAUCCCGUUUCGUCGUGCAGAGUAGUUUGUUUGUAUGUAAUUAAUAAAAUGAAGAUAAUAUGCUUAGGAAUAAAUCACCUUGGUGUAUAUUUCUUUAUCUCACA